AUGGCCCGAUCUUUUGCCCUGUGGCUUAGCGCUGCUCACAAGGGUACCCUCGUAACGCGGUUAGGGCAACUGCGGGGUAUGCCUUGGGAGGUUGGCAGCUGUGCUGUACCGCGUACUGUUACAGGGCUUGGUUCCCCCUGUAGGCAGCCGGCUUCAGCGGGUUUCGAGGGCGAAAACCCCUGA